UCUAAUAUUCUCUCACUGCAUAUAUAUAUAUAUUUGAGGCUUGUAACAAAGCAGGUGUAUAUUUACUAAUAUUAAAUUAAUAACUAGCUUAUUAUAUACUUACUAUUGUUUAUAUAAGCUAUAGCCAUAUCCCAUGUAAAUAUAUUCCAAGUUUCAUAUUCUUUUUUCACUACUCUUUCUCGAGUUGUUAUGGCAUUUUUUAAUUUAAAAAGAAAUCUUCUGGUGUGCGCACCCAUAGAGUAUGGAAGCUUGGACCAAAUGGUGGCCUCCAUGGAUGAGGCAAAAGCACAGGGAGCUGACCUUGUGGAGAUUCCCAUUCAUUGUUCGUUGUCUCUUUCUAACAUUUCUCAACUUGAGAAGCUCAUCAAACAAAGAACUCUCCCUGCAAUUCUCUCUAUUAGGACCGGUGGCAAUAGUGGCUCCAAGAACACUGCUUUGCAAGUGUUGAGAAUGGCUUUUGAAUUAGAUGUAGAGUUCGUAGAAAUGGAGUACGAGGUGGCUUCUGAUAUAGCCAUGGUCGAACACAUGCCUGUAAACAGCCAAAUAAUUGUAUCGAGCUAUGUAAAUGGUAGCAAACCCUCAUCAGAAAAACUUGGUAAUCUUAUUGCGUGUAUGCAAUCCACUGGGGCAGAUGUUAUCAGACUAAUAGUUGAAGUGCAUAACAUCACCGAUGUAGCCCCAAUUUUCCAAAUGCUUACUCAUUGUCAGGUGCCAUUAAUUGCUACUGCAGUGGGCAGUAGAGGUCUUAUAAGCCAACUUUUGGCACCAAAGUUUGGUGGAUUUUUAGUGUAUGGUUAUCUCAAAAGCCACCCUAUUCCUGGCUUACCAACUUUGGCUAGCAUUAAACAAGUUUAUGAGCUUGAACAUGUAAAUGAGUAUACAAAAGUCUUUGGCCUCAUUUCAAAUCCUGUUGGCCAUAGUAAGGGCCCUAUUCUACACAACCCUGCUCUAAGACAUAUUGGAUACAAUGGAAUUUAUGUUCCCAUGAUGGUUGAUAAUGUCAAUGAAUUCUUCAAAACGUACACAAGCAUGGACUUUGCUGGUUUCAGUGUUGGAAUACCACAUAAAGAAAAAGUGGUGAAAUGUUGUGAUGAAGUUCAUCCACUGGCUAAGUCCAUAGGAGCUGUAAAUACCUUAGUAAGAAGGCCAAGUGAUGGAAAGCUGAUUGGUUACAAUACAGAUUCUGAGGCUUGUAUUACUGCAAUAGAGGAUGCACUAAGAGAUGAUCAUAUUCCAGUCAUUUGGAUUUUAAUGUAUGAAACAGAAAGGGAAGUCGCAGAUGGGGUUGUAUCACAUGCUUCUUCUCCGAUUUCUGGGAAACUUUUUGUGUUAAUGGGAGCAGGAGGAGCAGGAAGAGCACUAGCUUUUGGAGCAAGAGAUAGAGGUGCCCGGGUUGUGAUAUUCAACCGAAAUUACGAGAGAGCAAAAGCUCUUGCAUUGGCAGUUUCAGGAGAAGCUCACUCGUCUGAGGUUUUAGACAGCUUCUGCCCUGAAAAAGGAAUGAUAUUUGCAAAUGCAUCUUCGAUUGGAAUGGAACCAAAUACAAAUGAAAGUCCUAUUUCAAAGGAGGCAUUAAGAGCUUACAAUCUGGUUUUUGAUGCUGUUUACACUCCGAGAAAUACAAGACUAUUGCAAGAGGCCGCUGAGGUUGGGGCCAUUGUGGUGAGUGGAGUUGAGAUGUUCAUCAGACAGGCCAUUGGUCAGUUCAGCUUGUUUACUGGAGUUCCAGCUCCAGAAAAUGUCAUGCGCAAGCUGGUUGAAGAACAAUUUUGAGUAUUGUAAGAAGUCCUGCUGAGAGUGUCUUAAAGUAACAACCGCGUAGAAUUAAGCAAGUUGAGACAUAUUGUGGAGGGAAAUAUGUACAUAAAUUUAUGUGCAUUGUAGUGAAAAAAAUUAAGAUACUCAUACCCGAGCUCACUUGCUGUAAUCUCCUUAACAUUUCUCAAAGUUAGACAUUGAAAAAUAUAUGUUUUCAUUGCUCCUGAUUUGGUAUGGGGAAUUUAAAAUCCAAACUCUUGAAAGA